UAAUUGUACAUGCUAUUCAUCAUGCCUGUUCAUUUCAAAAGUUUUUUUAUUGCUAUUUCCAAUCCGGACGAACAAAAAAUGAGACUUCCAUCUGGGAUUGUUGAAGAGUACAUGACUGUUGUACCUCUUGAGUGUAAGUUUAGUAUGAGAUAUGGUCGAACAUAUUGGGUGAGAAUGGAAGGGAAUGCUGAGGGGGUAUUCUUUCAUAAUGGAUGGUUCCAGUUUAUGGCAUUCGAGAAUAUUAAGAGUGGAUAUUAUCUUUGGUUUGAUCGUAAUAGUCUUACAGAUUUUACGGUGAGUGUGGUUGAGGAAAAUGCAGUCGAGCGGCCUUUGCGAUAUCGUUUUACUUUGGAGAUCAAGAAAUUGUACAUCGAACGUGCAUAUUUGCCCAUUCCGAUGGAAUUCUGGCGUUCAUAUUUGGUUAAUGAAUUCGAGGACUUAAGUCAAUGCCUGUUGAUACUCGAAGAUGUCCCGUAUGAAGUUCAAAUUGUUGCUCGGCAUGGCAAAGUGUUGAUGCAGAAGAUGGAGGGUAGAGAAUUUGUUGAUUUUACUGGAAUUUUUGAAGGUUCAACAUGUUCAGUCAUCACUUGUCCUAAUUCUUGUGUUUGUUUUGAAAUGUUUGUUCUGUGA